UGGGAAGACGAGAGAAGCGGACUGAUUUCCUCCAUUAUGGAUGGGAAUAUCUACGAUCAGUUUGGGGAGGCCAUUGACCGAAGGCUUGGAGGAGUGAGGGCUGAAGCCCAACGAAGAGCGGCAGCUGGGCCGCCACCCCCUGCCAUGUUCAGGCUAUGGCAAGAAAAGGAGGAACCACCAAUUGGGGUGGAAGAAGUAGGAAGUGAUGAGGAAGUGACUCAAGGGCUACGAGGAGAAAGUGAGACGGAAGAGGCCAUCAUCGAGUCAGAUGACGAGGAUGAGGAGGAAAGAACGGAGCCUCCAUCCGUCUUAUUUGAGAAGAUGGAGGACUUGCUGGAUAAGAUGGGGAGGGGACGGCUCAAGCAGGGUUCUCAAAGGCGGUACAAGACGGUAGACAAGAAGUGCCACCCGGUACCCGUCCUCGUUACAGUGGACGAGGAGGCAUAUUACGAGAGGGAACGAGGGUUGAUACGACGAAUAAGGGAGAGUGCUUUAGCAGGGCCAUGUCGUAUCAACGAAGGGAACGAGAAGGAGUUGAUCAUAGGGGAGUCUGAUUUCCUGCUGCCUCAGGAGCGAACGUUGAUGGUGGAAUUAAUGAAGAGGAAGCAUCGCGCCUAUGCGUUUAGUAACGAGGAGCGUGGCAGGCUGGAUGUGGAUAAGAUACCUAUGAUCCGCAUCUACACCAUGCCACACGAGCCUUGGAACAUGAUGGAGGCGCGAUAUCCCAACCCUGACGAGGAAAGGAAGGUGGUGGAUUACCUCGACGGCAAGAUACGUACUCACGUCGCUGACUAUUCAACUGAACCGUAUUCGUCCCCGUGGUUCUGCUUUAUUAAGCCUAACGGGACGCUGCGGUGGGUGCAGGAUUUGCAAAGACUGAAUGCGGUGACCGUGCGAGAUGCUGGAGGACUGCCGAAUGCAGACGCGCUGUCGGAAUCCUGUGUUGGAAGGCCUAUAAUUUCGCUUAUAGACCUUUACUCAGGAUACGAUCAGUUCCCAGUCUAUCCGCCGGAAAGGCCGGUGACGGCUAUGCACGCGCCGCGAGGAUUAAUCCACAUGAACGUGGCUGCACAAGGGUGGACCAACGCAGUAGCAAUGGUCCAACGGGCCAUGAUUCAGGCCAUGCAGUCAGUCAGCCCCCAUAUCACACAGCCAUAUAUUGAUGAUUUGGCAGUGAAGGGGCUGGCGAUGAAAGAGAGCGACGAAGUCUCACCAGGGGUAAGGCACUUUGUCUGGAAACACAUCCAGGACCUCGAAAAGGUCGUGAGCCUGCUCGAGGAGCAUAACCUCACGGCAAGCGGGGCCAAAUCCAGACACUGCAUGAGGGAAGCGACUAUCUUGGAGAUCGUCUGCAAUGAGAAGGGUCGAAGGCCGGAUGUGAAGAAGACGGACAAGAUUACUGAGUGGCCAGUUUCGUUCCACUCAAUAACUGAUGUCAGGAGCUUCCUUGUAGAAGGGGUGCCACGAGAGGAGGUACCACAAGAGGAGGUGCCACGAGAGGAGGUGCCACGAGAGGAGGUACCACGAGAGGAGGUGCCACGAGAGGAGGUGCCACGAGAGGAGGCGCAGGGUACUCAGCGAGAGAGCAGGCUGGGCGACGGGGGGAGACGUGCAGGGAAGGAAGUGAUAGAGGUUGGAGAGGACACGCCCCCACAGACGCCAGCGGUGGGUUUGAGAUUCGGGGAUACACCAGGGAGCACUCGUCAGGCAGAGGAGAGAUUGCAGAGAGAGGAGGCCCCAUUUCCUUCAUCAGAGAGGGCUCCAUCGCGAGAGGGGAGAGCCGGCAGGAGGAGAGAAAGGGCAGUUGUAAGGAGGGAGGCCUUGACCCUGAUUGAUAGGCACCUAGCAGCUUAUGCCCUGGAGCAUCCAAACCUGGAGGAGCCGGCACCUGCAGAGCCGCGCCAGGAGCCGUACCAACCCGAGAAGGAGAUAGAAGCAGAGAUCCCAAAGAGGGUCGACCUCCGCACGAGGGAAAGGGCGCCAGCUGGAGCGACGACUGAAGAAAAGAGGGCGAGAAGAACCAGACGGAUAGAUGAGAUUUGGCAGGAGAGGCAGAGGUUGGAGGCAGCGGGGGAGUUUCCGGAGCAGCAACAGAUGAGGCAGAGAUCGGAGGCAGCAGGAGCACUCCCAGGGCCUUGCCAAGAGCCACCUAUGGGGAGAGUUAUCUUGGAGCCAGAGGAGGCGAGAGCCCAGAGACAGGCAGAGAAAGAGGCGUUCGAGUUUAGAGCCCCUACAAAGCUUGCGACGCUUCCAGUGGCAGCGGCAGGCCCAGUCGUACCUUUGGCGAUUGAGGAGGGGCUACCGCCAUCUAGCAGUGAGCCGGCUCAGGGGUCAGAAGAGGGAUCCAUGGGCGUACUUCUUGAGGCAGUGCAUACCAUGCAGAAAGAGGCGAGUUUGUUUUCACCCGAGCAGAGGAUAGAGGAGCCGCUUGAGAGAGAGAUGGGGAUUAAGGCGGAGGGUGCCAUCGAGAGCAGGCUCCAAAGGAUGGGCACACCUGAGGACCAGAGGAGAUUGAGGAGCAGCCCACGAUAGUGCUAGGAGAGACACUCGAGAGGAGACCUCAGAGGUUGGACACGGCUGAGUACGUCCCAAC